GAAUGAAUCACAUCGUUUUAUCGCGAGACAGAGUGAAUUAAAUAAUUUAAAAACAGGAAGAAGCAAAAUUUGUGAAAUGAAAAAUUGAAUUAAAAAAUAAAAGCGAAGUGAUAAAAAAGAAUUAUUUUAAGAAUUGAUCUGUGAUUAAGCAAAGAAUAUAAACAUGAAUAUGAUAAAUGAAGCUGUUUCAUUUCCGGGAAUGCUUCCGUUUGACACGAUGGGAUUAUAUGAGCCUCCUAGACCGCGAUACAUUUUAAAAAUGCCAAGAGUUGUUCCUGAACAGAAGGAAAAGUUUGAAAGUGAUGAUAUUUUUAAGAAAUUGAGCCGUGAUGGUGAAGUAAGAUACACAGGCUUUCGUGAUCGACCACAAGAAGAACGAAAAAUUCGCUUCCAGAAUGGAUGUCGUGAAGGUCAUACAGAAAUUUCAUUUUUCUCCAAUGGAAUCAACAUCCAGCUUAUGUUUAAUCCGAAUCCAAUGAUGUAUCAUCAUCACCAUCAUCAUCAUCAUAUGAUGAAUUUUGAGAGGGAACUGGACUUUGACAAAGAACACGGAAAGGUUCACAUAAAAUCACCUUUUAUUAUGAAUGGUGUCUGCGUAAGAUUCCGUGGAUGGAUCGACUUAGAGCGAUUGGAUGGAAUUGCUAAAUUGGAAUAUGACGAGAGACGUGGAGCACAUGAAGAUGCUAUACUAAAAGAGCAACUUGAACGUUAUAGCCAGCGAUUAAAGGAUUUUGAAGACACAAAACCGAGAAAUACAAAUUUGAAUGAAAAUAGAAAUGGAAAUUGGCGACAGUAGAAACUAUUUUAAGUUUUUGGAUAUAACUUUGUUAAACUAGUGACUUAAGUAAACUUUAAUGUGAAUAAGAUUUAAUCAGUUUUAUUGAUUGAUUCAAUAAUAAAAGAUGUAGAAAGAAUUAAAAAUUAUAUAAGAAAUCCCAAA